AUGGCUGAACAAACUUCAUCACCAUCAUCACCCAUUUUAUCGUUGCCCAUAGAACUCGUGUAUAAAAUCCUCGAUAAUCUUGAUGAUUAUACGAUUUUAUGCUCGAUUCGUGAUUCCUGCAAGAAAUUAAAUGAUAUUGUCGAUGUGUAUCCACGUUAUCGAUGUUUAUUCAGCGACCAUUAUGAACCAUCUUUCUCUUUUUCGUAUUCAACACAUUCAUGUAUUCCAAAAUUUCAAAGUCAGUAA